UUUUUUUUAAUGUUCUUAAUUUGUUGAAAAGAAAACGGCCAUACAGAACAUAUGUAAACUGAUUUUGUUCGAUUUAUUACUGAAAGAAAGUUUCAAAAAUUUAACUAAAUAAUUUCGAAAAAAUGUUUUAUACUCUUAACGAACCUAAGAAUGAUAAUAAGGUCUUUAUGAGUUGUUUUGACUGAAAUAUUCAUUUUGUCACUGUCGAUAUUCUAUUCGAACGUUACCAAUUGUUGUGUAUUGAAUAUGCAAUUGAAGAUGGAGAAUGUCUAAGAGGAUGUGUGCGUGGCACGCACGUGUCGUUCUGGAUCUCUCUCCCUCUUUUUCCUCUAAUGCUUUCUUCUUCAUCCUCUGUUUCCUUGGUAAAAAAUAAAAGAGAGCUUUGAACGAAAACAAAUCAACAAAAGCAAAUAAAAAUGACGAUUAUGAAUAUGUUGAUCUGGAGAAAUCUUCUAUUCUGGCUCCUCUCAAAUACGUUGAUUCCAGGAUCUGUUAGAGCACAAUCUAUCACACUGAACUCCAUCGAGAUAUUCACGAAGCAUGACUGGUUCAAACUCAAACACACGGUCUACUUCCAAUGCAAAGGAGAGAACAAGACUGUUCUUCCUGAUGUUACCAAAUCAGAUAUAUUGUACACUUUUCGCGGUCAAGAAUCAUGGCAGCCUAUGACAGAGAUCAGUGGCGAGAAAUGUAAGAGAUGCGGAAUCUAUGAACAAGGCAGUCUGAUAUCAGACAAAGAGUUUGAUGAAUGGGAGCUUUGUCCAUCUGAUUUCUCUGCUAGCCAAAUCUAUAUGCACUUUAAGGAAAAAGAGAUUAAUGCUACUUUUGUCUGCCAUGGUUGUGCCAAACUUGACUCCGUAUCUGCUGGAGCAACGACGGGUUCAAGUUCAAAAGAGGAAGGAGAUAAUGGGUCAAAAGUUGCGAUAGCGAUUGUGGCAGGGGUGUUGUGUGCAACUCUUGUUGUGAUUGGAGGGGUAUUCAUGUUUAGGCACUCAAAGAGGAUGAAGCUGCAGCGAGAUCAAGCCAGGUUUAUGAAGCUGUUUGAGGAAAAUGAUGAACCUGAAGAUGAACUUGGACUUGAACCUGUGCUAUGACAUGGCCUUUGCACAGGAACCUUUUUUGGUCUUUCAUGAUUUUUUUGCAGGUUAUUUUGAUUUUUAGGGAAGAGAGAUGGCAGUAACGAUCUCAGUUUUUGGUAUAACUUUCUAAUACUAUAAGGCUAUUGUACUCAUUGCAUUACACAAGUGCAUUGAGGGAACAUUAUAUAAACGUAGUGAAUCAGAACCUACCUUAGAGUUAAUCAGGCUGCUAACUCGAGCUUGGACUACUUCUGAUAGCACGGUUGAAAUUAUCUAGUUCUUUGGAAUCUGGGCCAUGAAUCGUCUUAAUGGUAUCAAUGCAGCAGCUGAAACGUA